GCUCCCGGUGCGGCCGCGCGGAUGGAGCCGCCGUUCUACCGCCCCGCGCCCUUCCCGGGCGGCUUCUGCCGCCCCGAGCCCGAUUACGGCACCUUACCGGGGUCUCUACAACAGGGCUCCCCCCCGGAGCCUUUCCGCGGGCUCAAACCGGCGCCGUGCCCCGACGGCACCUUCUUCGGCAGCGGCGCCGGUACCGGCAGCUUCUUCUACCCCGGUCCCGGCGAGCGCGACGCUUUCACCGGCAGCUUCGCCCAAGCGCUGGACGAGCUGCACCAACCGGGGCCGCCCAACGUGGCGCUCCCGGAGCCACCGGCGCUGAGCACGACGGCGGCGGGGAUGGGGGGACCCUUCCCGGGGGUCCCCGGAGCGGAGGCGGAGGCGGCGGAACCGGGCGCGGAUUCCCCGGAGCUGCUGCAGGCGGAGCGGCGGAGGCUGCGGACCCGGCUGGCGGCGAGCCGGUGCCGGCGGCGGAAGCUGGAGCGGAUCGCCCGUUUGGAGCAGCGCGUCCGGGGGCUCCGGGCACAGAACGCGGCGCUGGCGGCCACGGCGGCGGGGCUGCGAGCCCAGGUGCGGCGGCUCCGGGGCUCCGUGCGGGACCACGCGGGUUCGGGCUGCCCGCUGCCCCCGGGAGCCGCGCUCGGCUUCUAGAAACGCCUCAUGGACCCGGCGAGGGGGGCUCCGGUUCCUUUGUGAGGACCCCCAUGGACACCCCCGGGGGGGAUCCUCCCCCCCGUACCUGGCUGGGCACGGAGGGGCGGGGACCCCCUCCCCGUCCUCACCGUACCGGUGAGGAGCCCGGUGGCACCGGGAUGCUGCGUGGGACCGCGCUGGAUGAGGCUGGAGGCUUCGGGGGGCCCCCCCCAUGGACCCCAGCGAGGAGACCCCUAAAAGGACCCACGAGGAUGGGGGACCCCUGGACUGGGCCACCCCGAAAAGGAGCAGCCUGAAGGGACCGGCAGGACCAGACCCCUCCCCUCCGGGUCGAGGACCCCCAGGACCUGCGGGAACGGGGCCUGUGGGAUGGAUGGGGACCCCCAAAGCGGGCCUGGAGCCCCCCCCCCCCCCCAGCUGGGCCUGGGGACCCCCUCGGUUCUGAGAGGAGGGGUCGGGCCCCUCCAAAUUGAGGA